AUGGCAACAACACUUGCUUUACUACCAAAGCCACGGUGGUCUGACGUCGCUGAUGAUGAUGAUGGUAAUGGCGAGGAUCUGAACUCUCGUCUUCUUCCUCCAACCGAAGUGAUAGGUCCUGACGAGAAUGGGAUAAAGAGAGUGAUUGAAUACAAGUUCAAUGAUGAAAGAAAGAUCAUCAAGGUCACCACCGUUUCCAGGGUGAAAAAAAUCAAAACGGUUGUCAAUAAACGAGUUCUUGAGCGGAGGUCUUGGACUAAAUUUGGCGACGCCGUGAAUGAGGACGUCGGCACUAGGCUUACUGUCACCUCUACUGAGGAUAUAUUGCUUGAAAGGCCCAAGGCUCCAGGAAGCACAACUGAGGAAAUCAUAGCUGCAGGAGACUCUUUGGGCCAAAAAGGUGGGGCUAUUCUCAUGGUUUGCCGAAAUUGUGGCAAGAAAGGUGACCACUGGACGGCUAGGUGUCCUUACAAGGAUCUUGCUGCACAAGCCGAAGCCUCGAAUACGAAUGAUGCUAAUCCAAAUGCAGCACCUUCUUCUUCUGGGACUGCCAUGACUACUUAUAUCCCACCAAGUAAGAGAGGAGGUGCUUUAAGCAGCAGCAUUAAAGGAUCAGACAUGACGCGAAUGCAUAAUGAUGAAAAUGGGGUUAAAGUCAGAAACAUAUCCGAAGACGCUUCUGAAGCUGACUUGCGAGAUCUCUUUGGUGUUUUUGGACCGCUCACUCGUGUUCAUAUCCUCUGUGAUCGCAAGACUGGUUGUAGCAGAGGUAUUGGCUUCGUGAAUUUUGUCAAGAAGGAAGAUGCUGUGAGAGCUAUUCAAAAGCUUGAUGGCUAUGGUUAUGAUAGCCUCAUCCUUAGAGUUGAGUGGGCUGCAUCAAGACCAAAUUAG